UUAUUCCACCAGGAAGCCGCCAUUUUGUGAAGCUGCUGUAGACAAAUUUUGAAAGGAAUUAAAUAAAUGCUGAUACUAUUUUAUAUAAAAGCGUUGUCACUGUUGUAAUUCACAGAUUCACUCUUUUUUUCUGCAAACAGUAACUAAUGCUGAGUCGGUGCUUAAAACGUUGUGAAUAAUAAAGUAUUAUGAUUUUGUAGUUGCAAAAGUCCUACAAAUGGUUUUGCCCGUUUUCUAUCCAAUCACGUCAACAACAAUUGGGGUGUGGCUGUCUGUGAUUGGUCCAAGGUGGUAGAAGCUUCUGGAACGGUGGAGAAUUCGUCCCUUUUCACACGGGACUUCUGAGUGAUCGGACGUGUCUGUCAGAGCUCUGUGAGAAAAGGUUUUCCUUGGUUUCUGCACCCAGAGGAUCGGCUGAUUUUCGCCAGAGAAGGAUCUCUACUGCCUGUUACUUCGACCAAAAGAGGAUUUAACUCCAUCUAUUUCCACGAAGAGUUUUUAUUCUCCACCCAUCCCCCCGUUUUUUCUUCUCUACUCUGUCUCUGUAGGACUCCAUUUUGUUGCCCCGGCCCACUUUUUAGGUCGAGAAGAUGCCACGGGGCAAGGACCACCGCAGAGCCCGUGCCAGGAACUUCGCGCCCAUGGACCUGGGACCGACUGGCCAUCCAAGCCCGAGUGCUCCGAGUUCACGCUCCGGCACUGGGUUUAGGCACCCCGUGCGAAGAUGGCCAGUGUCUUCUGCCACCGGGAAGAGCCACAAGUGCCUUGUGCCGCCAGAGUCUCCCGGGGAGAAGUUCGUCCUGGUGGUAGGAGACUCCCACCUUCGCGCCCUGGUGGACGGGAUCGUCCGGAUGCCUGGGGGUGGGGGCAUGACCUUCGGGUUCAUUUCCACCCCUGGCGCCAGUGCAGCCGAGCUGUACAAAGAGGUAAGGCACGCAAACAUUCCACGUACCCCCGAUCUUGUGUGUCUUCUCGCCCCCAGCAACAACCUGACGGCCAGCCGGACGCUCCCCGAGGCAGCUGUGGACUUCAGGCGGCUCCUGGCUCUGUUCCAGUCCAAGUGGUCCAAGCUCUUCGUCCUGGACUUCCCGCCUCGCCUGACUGUGGCCCCGGACCUGCAGACGUUCCUCCGCCAGGACUUCAACCGAGUGGCGGCGCAGAUGGGCAUUAAGUACCUGUCUGUUGCUGAGCACUUCAGCUUGGACCACUUGGAGCUGUGGGCCCGCGAUGGGGUCCACCUGAGUGACGAUGGAGGGAUGGUCCUUCUGGCUUCCCUGCUGUGGAACUACUCUGCUCUGCAGCUGGUGGAGCCAGAGGUCCAGGCGCCUCCUCCUGCGUCGCCCCGGCCUGCCGUGCGGCGAGUCGCUCCUAAGGUGGUUGUGAGGGAGCACCCUGUGUCCCCUCCUCCAACCAACCCUUUUGAGUGGGCUUGCAAGGUAGGGAAGGCAAAGGUGAAUCCAGCUUCCUUGAAAGCCAGACCAGAAGUGGCGUGUGCAGAGCAGAAAGCCAGUCCUUCGGGUGCAGACCGCUCUCCUCUGGCAUCCUGGCACGGGCGGGGAUUGGAGCAGGUGAGUUGCAGGAAAAAUAAAACUGCAGUGUGUUUGUUGUGUCCACAUGAUAACAUUUCUGUGUUUUCUAUUCCACAGGCUGCUCCUCUCCCGGUGUCGCCCGUGCGCUUCAGCCCUGCUAUUCUGGAUCUGAUGGACAAAUUUUACCCGUCAGAUCUGGACUGUGCUGGAGCUGCUGCGCCUGUUCCCGCUGGGAACAAGACGUCUCGUGCUAGACGUCGCCGGAGGGCUGUGGCUGCAUCCCAGAGGGCUGCCCCCAGGCCCCAGGCGGAGGUUCCCGAGCACGUGGAGGUGAAACCCCGGCCUUCACCUGCCAGGCGUGCCAGGAAGGAGAGGGUGCCGGCUCAGGACCGUGUGGGGGUGACACCUAGGUCUCCUACCAAGGACGUGACGGUGGAGCGGCCUGUGGACCAGGACCAGCAGCAGCGUGGACGGCCUGCUGCAGGAGGUAAGAAGAGCAGCAAAGGUAAGAGCUGUUCUCCUUCCUGCAUCUGCUGUGUGGUUCAGCCAAGUUCAGACCCUGUAAUCCUGUUUGGUCCCUCUGAAGGUAACAGUGAGGUGGUUGCUGCUCCUGCCAGUUGUAGUGUUGAGGCUGUGUCAGACUCUAGUUCAGUUGACAUGGAGGUUGGUGUAACGUUUGGCUCCUCGGAUGAUGAGCUGCUAACCUCUGAGGUCCAGGAGCCUGGUCCUGUUCCUGCUGCUGGUACGUUAAAGUUCCCCAGCAUCAGAGGAUCGUUUCACCAGGGCAGUGAGCUGUUUGGGAGCAACACUGGGCGGCAGUGCAUGGCCAUCUCUUUGGUGGCUGCUGCCAAGCACACUGUUAAAGGUGUGUUUCAGUGGGACUGUUGUGAGUUAGAUUCUGUGCUGCUUGCUGGAGAUCAGGUUUACUCGGACCUGCAGAGACAGAACAAAAUCACUGACUCUGCAGGUUUUCUGAGAGCGACUGAUCUUCCAGAUCAAGUAGUGGUGGAUGGGGUUGAACUGUCCUGUGCUUUUGGGGAAGUUGUUAGCGGGGAUGCUAAAAUCGAUUCGGGUGAAUUUGUUGAUGUGGGUGUGUUGGUUCCCCUGAAGGAGGGGUUGGCUAGGAUGACGGCAAAGUACAACACAUGUCUGCUGACACUGUGUGAGAACACGUGUGCCGUCAUUGCUGAGAAUGGACGCUGGGCUAUUGUAGACUCCCAUUCUCGCAGUCCUGAAGGGAUGAGGGUCCCUGAUGGAUCCAGUGUAGUUUUGUUUUUUGACUCUGUGGGUGAAGUUCACGACUACCUGCAGAGGUCAGUUGAGGGCAUUGUCCUCACAGAGUUUGAAAUAGUUGGUGUUGUUUUUUCUGCUUCCAAUACAUUUAACCCUUUCUUAGGAAGUCCUGCAGAAAGUAACUCCCUGAACCUCUGCAAAGAGAGCCUCUUCCAUGACACUUCAUUAGAUGUCACUGUAGAAUCUAAACAGACAGCAACAAAACGAAAAAUGGAUUCAAAAAUUGAUAAUGCAGACCCUUCAGUCGAAAACCUGAAGAAAGUCAAAUUAGAUGAUGUUGCUGUGGAGGAACAGGAUGUAAUUUUUAGUGAGCCUGAGCAGGAAAUUUUCUAUUUUAACCCUUUAAAUCGGCAUGUCUGCCAGGCUCUGUCCUCAAUGUUAAAUAUUGAGUUCCAAAAUUUUAAUGCCCCACCUGCUCCUCCCAUUGGUUUGUUAGGGCCCCCUUGUACCAACGAAAAAAUUAUUGGAGAUGGAAAUUGUUACUUUAGGGCCAUCUCUCAGGCUGUGAGCGGAUCCCAAAACAGCCACAGAAAAAUUCGGUUAGCCAUCGUUAAACAAUUGGAAACAAACCCCGAUCUGUACAGCUGGGUAAUUGGGCGCGAGUACUCCUCUGUGGCUGAGUACAUAACCAAAUCUAGAAUGCGGUUUGUUAGUGUUUGGGCCACAGACGUGGAAAUUCAAGCCACGGCUGAUUUGUUAGGAGUAAAUGUUUUUGUAUUGUUUGAUGGCAGGUGGCUUCGGCACCAGAGCAGCGGUCAGCAAUUAUGUGAAAAUGCAAUUUAUAUAGAAAAUUGUGGUGGAACACAUUUUGAGACUGUUUUGUGUGUUAAAGAUCCACAACAGGACCGCUGUGCUAGUUGUUGUCCCUCUGCCAACAAACAACCAAAAACAUAUUACAUGCGUUCAUAUGCCAAAGAUGACAAUAAUUUGACAGGCGUACAGACAAAUUCAAUAACUGACAGCCAGAUUAAAUGUAGAAAUUUAACUACUAAAUACUUUCUAUCCCAAAAAAGGCAACAAACAACAAAAAAGUUUAAAGGAAAAAUCUACAGAGAAAACGAGAGGGAACGGUUGAAGCACACCAUCCAAAAAAAAUAUUUUAAAGAUGCAAGUUACAGACAGAAAGUGAAGUUGAUAAUUAAGACACGGCGACAAAUAAGUUACGUUGAAAAUGAAGAUUAUAGAGAAAUGUUAAAGUCAAAAGUGAAAGCAAAAUAUAGACACGAUGCCGCACACAAGACCAUGAUGAAAGCUCUGAGCAUACAAAAAUAUAGAGAUAAUACAGCGCACAAGAUCAUGGUGAAAGCUCUGAGCAAACAAAAAUAUAGAGAUAAUGCAGCACACAAGAUCGUGGUGAAAGCUCUGAGCAAACAAAAAUAUAGAGAUAAUGCAGCACACAAGAUCGUGGUGAAAGCUCUGAGCAAACAAAAAUAUAGAGAUAAUGCAGCACACAGAACCAAUGUGAAAGCUCUGAGCAAACAGAAAUAUAGCGGAGACUCGGCCCACAGGACCAAGGUGAAAGCUCUGAGCAUAGACAAAAAUAAAAGAGACGCCACACACAAGAUUAAGGUUAAUGUUGCAAUCAAAAAGCGAUACAGAGAAAACCCUGCAUUCAGAAAGAGUGUCAUAAAUAAUGUUCAACAGAAGAGGCAAUUGAAUAAAAAGAAAGCGGAGAGUUUUCAGGAAGUCAUGCAGGACUUCCUAAAAAAGGUGGAAAAGGGUCCAGAGUUUGUUUGCUGUGUGUGCAACAGACUUCUGUUCCAUCACCAGGUUUUGCUGUGUGUCAGGGAGACUUACAGCAAAUCUGCGAAGAUGGCAGAGAUUGCAGAUGUGUGCAUUAGUGAGGACUACCUGCACCGCUGCAACAUGGACUGUGAGAGCCCAUGUUUGUUUUUAGAGACGGCGAGGAGCGCUCUUUGGAUUUGCCACUGCUGCGACUCAAAGUUAAAAAGAGGUCUGACCCCGCCUGAGUGGGUCGGUAAUAACCUGGAGGUUUGUCCUGUCCCACCUGAGUUGGCCUGUUUAAAUAGUCUAGAGCAGCAUCUGAUUGCACUGCAUAUACCUUUCAUGAAGAUGCUUGCUCUGCCUAAAGGUGGGCAGAAUGGUGUUCACGGCCCAAUCACGUGUGUUCCUGCCAACUUGGUGCAAACGACCAAUGUGCUGCCUCGGUCUGACAUGGAAGGGUCUCUGUUGCGCGUCAAAUUAAAGCGUAAACUGACUUACAAAGGUCAUUAUGAGUAUCAGUUUGUGGAUACCAUGCACAUUAGGCGGGCCUUGCAGUAUUUGAAACGCAACAAUAAAUAUUACAAAGACAUAGACUUUAAUGAAGCUUGGCUCAAUGACUUUUGUAAAGAAGAAUUGGAAGAAGAAAAUCGAAACGAACCAGAAAAGCAGACGGACAAAAAAGAGGAUGAGGCCGAUGAUGGAGAAGAUGAGCUUCUCCAUGACAGACAGAAUCACUGCAUGUUCCAAGAUUCUGCUCUGUUCCCAGUGGACAUCGGCCAAGAAGUCCUGGAUCAGUAUUUUGAAGACAUUUUGAAUUUGGCCCCGGCGGAAGGCAAUAAUCCGGUCCGAUUAUUGACUAAUCGAGAAAAUGAAGCUAAAUGUUUUCCUGUCAUCUUUCCCGAUGGUAAAAACGUUUACCAUGAAAGCAGAAAGUUCAAAUUAACUCUAUCGCGUUACUUUAACAACAGGAUCCUCCAUGCUGACGGUAGGUUUGCACAGAACGUCGAGUACAUCUUUUUUGCACAGUACAUGUCGGAGGUGGAGAAGGUUGUUUCUAGUGUGUCUGUGGCUCUCAGAAAAGAAAAAUCAGGAAGUGCAUCUGAAGGUGUAAGUGCCGAUGCACAUUCUGAGAAAACCCUGAAGAAGCUGCUGGAAGCAGAUCAGGGCUUUUGUUUCCUCCGGCCUAUUCGAGGCACUCCGGCAUUCUGGCAGGCAACACAGAAGGACCUGUUGGCCUGUGUUCGUCAGCUGGGUAUUCCAACGUGGUUCUGUUCGUUCUCUGCUGCCGACAUGCGUUGGAAAAAUCUCCUCGACACUGUGUUAAGACAGGAGGGGAGAACCCAGACAGCUGACCAGUUGGAUUGGGCUGAGAGGUGUGAAUUGUUGCGCAGGAACAGUGUCACAGCAGCACGCAUGUUUGACUUCCGCUGGCACUGUUUCCUGAGGGUGGUCCUGAUGUCUCCGGCUAAUCCUAUAGGGAAAAUUGUGGAUUUCUUUUAUAGGAUUGAGUUUCAGCAGCGUGGGUCCCCUCACGUGCAUGUUUUGUUUUGGAUUGAGGGGGCUCCACGGAUAGGGAAAGAGUCGGAAGAGGAGGUCGCGGCGUUCAUAGAUAGAUACGUCACCUGCGAGAUUCCUCAGGAUGAAGUGUUGAAGGAAAUUGUUCUGGCUGUCCAGCAGCACUCUAGGAACCACACCAAGUCAUGUAAGAAGGGCGGGACCAAAUGUCGCUUCAACUUUCCAAAAACAGCAUCCGGCCGCACAUUUGUUAUCGAAGAUGAAAAGAUUGUGAAAUGCCCAAAAUGUACCGACCCGAACGUUAAAGCCGGCGAAGUAUCCAAAUUAGAAUGCAUCUGCUGGAAGAUUGACAUGAAGAAGCAGAUUGCUGCGGAGGCAUUUGACUUUUUGACCGAAAUUAAUCGCGUUGUUAAUGACGACAAAUCAGAAUUCAAAACCCUGGAGCAGAUCUUUGAGUAUUUCCAAAUUGACCAGGAAAUAUACGAGAAACUGUUCAGGGCCUGCCAUCGGAGAAGCCAGGUCGUCCUAAAAAGAAACAAAAAUGAAAUCUGGAUCAACCCCUACAACAAGUCCCUGUUAAAAUGUUGGAAUGCAAACAUGGACAUUCAGUACAUCGUUGAUGCGUUCGCUUGCGUCGUGUACAUCAUCUCGUACAUUUCAAAAGAAGAGCGCGAAAUUGGCCUGUUGUUGCGAAACACCCAAAAAGAAGCGGAAAAGGGAAACACCAGUGCAAAAGAGACACUGAAGAAAUUAGGCACCGUAUAUUUACACAAUCGGCAUGUGUCGGCUCAAGAAGCAGUGUAUAGAUUGGCUAAUAUGCACCUAAAAGAAUGCUCCAGAAAAGUUGUGUUCAUUCCAACCGGGGACAACAUCAUUAGGAUGAGCAAACCGCUUGCUGUUCUGCAGCAGCAAGAUGAGUCCGGGUCCCAGUGGAUGCUAAACAUCGUGGACCGGUACAAAAAUAGGCCACACGAUCAGGAAUUUGACGACCUGUGCAUUGCUACUUUCGCGUCCGAAUAUCGGCUAUUGUCAAAAAACGAAAGCUCCAAAAAUGCGAUAGAGCUCCAAAAUAAUUGUGGUCUGGUCGUAAAACGCACACGCACCAAACCUGCAGUCGUCCGUUAUGCGCGCUUCUCCGAGCACAAAAAUCCGGAGCGGUUUCAUUUGAGUAUUCUCCAAUUAUUCCUCCCGUAUCGCACGGACGACGACCUGAAACCGCAGGAUUUCAAAUUCAAUCAGGAUUAUUAUAAGAAUGGUACAGUGCGUCUUCGUAGCGGUGAACACACUGUUGAAAGUGUUGUUGAUCGGAACCGGGAGAAGUUCGAGCUUGAGGCUGAUGCGUUAGAGCUGGCCCAGGCUGAGCUGUCGGAUGCAGAGUUUUUGGAGGCUGCAUGGGACAUUUUGGUCCCCGGGGCCCAGUUGGAGCAGCGGGAGAGUGAGAUGGAGCAGCGAGAGCAGCUGGUAGAGAGAGGGACAGAGGGGGAACAUCAGGAGGACAUUCCAGAUCUGGAUGUUCUCCGUGGAGAAGCUGCUCGACUAGAGAAGAGUCCCGGUCUCAGUAGGGAGGAGGGGCUGUUGCUCAUCAGCUCUCUGAAUGAGCUGCAGCUCUCCACCUUCCUACAUGUCAGAGAGUGGUGUUUACAGAAGGUCUCAGGUCAGAAUCCAGAUCCUCUGCACAUGUUUGUUACAGGCGGUGCAGGGACUGGAAAGAGCCACCUGAUCAGAGCGAUCCAGUACGAGGCUACGAGGUUGCUGUCACCUCUGUGUCUCCAGCCGGACGCUGUGUCGGUUCUGCUGACCGCCCCCACAGGGAUUGCUGCCUACAGUCUGAAGGCAGCAACCAUUCACACUACAUUUGGAAUCGGUACAGAAUUCCGUCUGCCGUACUCUCCUUUGGGCGAGGAGAAACUUAAUUCUAUGCGCGUUAAGUACCACGAUUUGCAGAUUUUGAUCAUUGAUGAGAUUUCCAUGGUGGACCACAGACUAUUGAUCUACAUCCACGGCAGACUGCGACAAAUUAAACAAACAGGUGACUUUUCCCCAUUUGGAAAAGUGUCAAUUAUCGCUGUUGGAGAUUUCUAUCAGUUGCCUCCCGUUAGAGGGAAACCACUUUAUGCAGACAAAUCUGAGCUAAAUUUGUGGUCCAUGUGCUUCAAAGUGGUUGAACUGAGAGAGAUCGUCCGACAGAAAGACCAAGCAUUUGCACAGAUGUUAAACAGGCUUAGGACGCGUACAAAAGACACUAAAUUGUUGCCCAGUGAUGUGCAAAUGCUGAAGCAGUGUGAAACGGGCGAGGACAGCACGGCUUUGCACAUUUUCCCCACCAAUGCCCAAGUGUUUCAACACAACUUGGAGCAGCUGAAAAUUACAUGUGAAAAUUAUUGUGAAAUUGUUGCAGAAGACUUUAUCCCGAGUAAAGAGACGGGUAAACUGCAACUGAUGAGUGGGCAUCAUAAAAAAGUGAAGAACAGCUGUUUGGAAGAGAGGCUGUUAUUGGGAGUCAACGCUCGAGUGAUGCUAUGCAAAAAUUUAGACAUCACAGAUGGAUUGGUAAAUGGGGCAUGCGGCAUAGUCACCCACAUUGAAUCUUACACAGAGGGGGGGUUUCCAAAAUAUGUUUAUGUGAAAUUUGACGACGAGGAAAUUGGGAAAAUAGCUCGGAGAACGUGUGCCAAAGCCGACUUGCCUGGUUCCACUGCUAUAGAGCCCGAGGAAGAGCGGGUGAGCCAAAAGGGGGGGAUGAGGAGACAGUUCCCACUCAAGCUGGCAUGGGCUUGUACCGUCCACAAGGUACAAGGCCUGACCGUGGACAAGGCUGUGGUCUCCUUUAACAAGAUCUUUGCUGCUGGACAGGUGUAUGUUGCUGUGAGUCGGGUCAGGACCAUCGAGGGGUUAAUCAUUCGGGAUUUUAAGGAAAAGGCGAUUUACUGCAAUAAACAUGCGAAGGCUGCUCUGCAGAAGAUGCCCCCCCUCCUGAGUGGUGAAAGAUGUGACCCGUCUUCUUUCAGAGUUUUCCUGCUGAAUGUUCAGGGAUUAUGCAGACAUGUCUCCUAUCUGGCCCACUGUACACAGCAGCUGCAGCCUAACUGCAUUGCUGUGACGGAGACAUGGCUGACCCCUAGUUCUGCCUUAGAAGCUGUCCAAAUGGACGGCUUCAGUUUCCACAGCCGUCCGAGAGGGGUUUCCUACAGUGGAACCAACCCAGCAUUAGUUGGCCUGAAGAGCCAGCAACAUGGUGGGGUUGGGAUCUACUGUACGGACGGAGGAGACUACCAAAUUCUGGAGAAGCCAGACCUUAAUUUGGAGUGUAUUGUUUACAGGAGUCUGGCUCUAAAUUUAGUGUUAGCUGUAGUGUAUCGGCCCCCCUCCUAUCCUGUAGUGCUGUUUAGAUCCCACCUACAGGAUUUAGUACUUUGGUUAGAAACUCAAAGUGAAUCAGUAGUAGUGAUGGGAGAUUUUAAUGAAGACAUCCUGAAGUCCUCUUCCAUUUUUAAUCUGAUGACGGACAGAGGCUUCAGGCAGCAUGUCACUUCUCCCACAACAGAGAGGGGGGAAACCAUCAUAGAUCAUGUCUAUGCCAAAACUUCCAAAUUUACUGUCAAGGCCGUGGUCAGUCAAAUUUACUUUAGUGACCACGAGGGGAUCCUCUGUUCAUUUAGUGCAUCCUAGAGGGGGGAGUUUUCUGCUGGAGACAGCCUGGUGUUUAUUGUAGGGUGGGGAAUUGUCGUUGGAUUUGUUUCUAGUGAAAAGGGGGGGGGGGGUGAAACAUGAU